UGCUAAUCAAUGAGUCGAUUAACGACCGCGCAGAGUACACGAACAACUCAAGACGACAAAUAAUAUAAAAUAUGGACAAUUAAAGCAACGCAACGUAUUUUCAACAAAGUUAAAAAUAUAAUUAACGCUGUGAUAUAAAUUAAAGUUGGCAAUAAAAAUAAUUUAAUUAACAAAUAUUCAAAUCAAAAAAAUGGCACGAGAAAACGGAGAGGAUAGACAAUCUUUAUUUUCGUCGGAAAAUGAAGAAAAUUGUGAAACUUUUAAUGCGCGUAGCAACGCUCUUGCAACCGCUACGCCGAGUGAGCCUACAGUUUUUCGAAUACCGAGGGGCGUUAAACGUACCGCAAUUGAGCCGGCCGUCUUUUUGAUAUACACUGCUUUGAAUAUUUGUAGUGGAGUGUUUCAGAAUCAGUUACUUUAUCAAACCUGUACGGUGGUCUAUGAACACAAUGAGACGGCAUGUCAGCCCAUGUGGGGCAUUGGGCCGAAAACUGAAGAAUCGGAAGCCAUCGAAACCGAAAUACAACCCUAUGUGGCUAGAAUUAUUAUGACAUCUUUGGUGAUCAGCAGCGUCUUACCGGCCUUUCUCAGCUUAUUCAUAGGACCUUGGUCCGAUAAAUUUGGACGACGACCAGUGCUUGUGGCGACGUUUUCAGCGGCUUUAACGGGGCAUACAAUAACAACAAUACUAGCCGGUUUAUCUAUGAUAACGCCAUUAAAUCCAUGGAUUUAUAUUCUAUCUACUAUACCCUUGACCAUGACUGGAGGCACUUGUGCCUUAAUUACAAUGGUAUUCUGUCUGGUGUCGGAUGUGUCGGAUGAGGGUGGCAAGGCGAGACGCAUGUUCUUCGUCGAUGGCGCGUUGGGCAUUGGCACUGUCGUAGGCAAUGUUAUAAGCAGUUAUAUACUCGCUGGCACCGGCACUAUUGGUGUGUUCGCAACCGCCGCCAGCUUUGACUUGCUCGCGUUGCUGUAUCUACUCUUCUUUGUCGGCGAAAGUCUGCAGGUGAAACACGAACGAAAGGAGUCGAAGCUGCGCGAGUUCUUCCAUUUCGAUUUAAUCAAGGAACUGAUAAAUAGUUGCGUGAAGCGCAGGCAACUUUUUAAUCGCGCUGUCAUUUGGUGUAUUAUGUUCACCUUGGUCACCACAACUUUUGUGCAGCAGGGUGAAGUCGGUCUUUCCUAUCUGUUUUUACGCAACAAAUUUAAUGUCACUCUGCAGGACUUCACAACAUUUAAUGCCGCUUCCAUCGUCAUUAAAAUGAUUGGCUGUGGUUUAGUUCUGCUUUUACUGCGUGUGAUAUUCAAAGUGCCGUUAUUAGUAAUUUCUAUACUCGGCUUAUUGGGUUGUUUCAUGGAGAGUUUGGUACGCUCGUUGGCGCAACACUUUUGGGAAAUGUAUCUGGGAGCUGUGUGCGGCUUUAUGGCCGGCAUCAAUAGUCCCAUGUUGCAAGCCGUGCUUGCCGGCUUAGUAGAAGCGACGGAAAUCGGUAAAAUAUACGCUGUCAUUUCUUCGCUGCAAACUCUUUCUCCAUUGGCUUCGGCACCGGUCUACACGGGUAUUUACAACGCUACCUUGCAAUCUUAUCCCGGUGCCAUUUACUUACUGAGCGCUUCCAUAUAUCUCGUGUGCUUUGUGUUGGUUACCACUCUGUUUAUUAUGCAGCGUAUCCGCGCCAGAAAAUCACAAUCGCAGGUGGUGGCUUAGAGGAUAUUAAUGAAAGUUUAAAGCACUGUAACGGUAAUCAGGCUAAGGCGAGACUGAUGAUUUUAGAAGACUUAAAUUUUUAUAAAAGACAUUUUACAGAAAAUAUUAAAAAAAAAAAUAUAAUGAAAUGUCGAUAGAUUGUUAUUGUAUAAAUAUCAGUCUUUUAUGAGAAUUUUCAAAAUAUAAAAUUUUUAAUAAUACUUAAUUAAAUAUUACACAGUUGAAUAAGAGAAAACUACAGGAUUUAACUUGUUAAACACAUGCAAAGUCAAAAAUAUAUGUAUGUAAGAUUAGUAUUUAAGUUGAUGACGAACUACACAUGUUUAUGUACUCGUACACAGAAAAAGACAUGGAACAUAUAUUGUUUACGAAAAUAAAAUAAGUUAUUUGCUUUAAAAAUAAAAAUAAAGUCAUUUUCUACUUUUUGGUGUUGAAA